UUGAUUACAGACAUAGUGAAACCAGUGCAACAGCUCUGAUGGUUGCUGCAGGACGAGGCUUUGCAAGUCAAGUAGAGCAGUUAAUUAGUAUGGGAGCCAAUGUCCACAGUAAAGCAUCCAAUGGCUGGAUGGCUUUAGAUUGGGCUAAACACUUUGGACAGACUGAAAUUGUGGAUCUUCUAGAAUCUUACAGUGCUUCGCUGGAAUUUGGAAAUUUGGAUGAAAGUUCUCUGGUUCAAACAAAUGGAAAUGACCUCAGUGCAGAAGACAGAGAGCUCCUGAAAGCUUAUCAUCAUAGUUUUGAUGAUGAGAAAGUUGACUUGGAUUUGAUCAUGCAUCUUCUGUACAAUAUCUGCCAUAGCUGUGAUGCUGGUGCAGUGUUGAUCUUCCUCCCUGGAUACGAUGAAAUUGUUGGGCUGAGGGAUCGCAUCCUGUUUGAUGACAAGCGCUUUGCUGACCAUACACAUAGAUACCAAGUCUUUAUGCUUCAUUCAAAUAUGCAAACAUCUGAUCAAAAGAAGGUAUUAAAAAACCCACCUGCAGGUGUUCGAAAAAUAAUCCUUUCCACUAAUAUUGCUGAAACCAGCAUCACAGUCAAUGAUGUUGUCUUUGUUAUUGAUUCUGGCAAAGUGAAAGAGAAAUCCUUUGAUGCACUGAAUUUUGUUACAAUGUUAAAAAUGGUAUGGAUUUCCAAAGCUAGUGCCAUACAGCGGAAAGGAAGAGCGGGGCGAUGUAGACCUGGAAUUUGUUUCCGUCUGUUUAGUAGACUCCGAUUUCAGAAUAUGUUGGAAUUUCAGACUCCAGAACUUUUGAGGAUGCCGUUACAGGAGCUUUGUUUACAUACCAAGCUGUUAGCCCCAGUUAAUUGUACCAUUGCUGAUUUCCUUAUGAAAGCUCCUGAACCUCCACCAGCUUUAAUUGUAAGAAAUGCUGUACAAAUGCUUAAGACAAUAGAUGCAAUGGAUGCGUGGGAAGAUCUCACUGAACUUGGAUAUCACUUGGCUGACUUGCCAGUAGAGCCACAUCUUGGUAAAAUGGUCCUGUGUGCUGUUGUUUUAAAGUGUCUGGACCCCAUCCUUACAAUUGCCUGCACACUGGCAUAUCGAGAUCCUUUUGUACUGCCUACCCAGGCCUCUCAAAAACGUGCAGCUAUGCUUUGCAGGAAACGUUUCACUGCAGGAACUUUCAGUGACCAUAUGGCACUUCUCAGAGCCUUCCAGGCAUGGCAGAAAGCACGAAGUGAUGGGUGGGAGCGAGCCUUUUGUGAAAAGAAUUUUCUCUCACAAGCUACCAUGGAAAUAAUUAUUGGCAUGAGAACUCAGUUGCUUGGUCAACUUAGAGCGUCAGGUUUUGUUAGAGCACGAGGUGGUGGUGACAUUCGAGAUGUUAACACAAACUCCGAGAACUGGGCUGUCGUUAAAGCUGCGUUGGUGGCAGGCAUGUAUCCUAAUUUAGUCCAUGUGGACAGAGAGAAUGUAGUAUUGACAGGGCCAAAGGAGAAAAAAGUACGAUUUCAUCCCACUUCAGUUCUCAGUCAGCCUCAAUAUAAAAAGAUUCCUCCAGCCAAUGGUCAAGCUGCAGCAAUCCAGGCCCUGCCUACAGAUUGGCUUAUUUAUGAUGAAAUGACCAGAGCCCACAGAAUAGCUAAUAUUAGAUGCUGCUCAGCAGUGACCCCUGUCACUGUGUUGGUAUUCUGUGGACCAGCUAGGUUGGCAAGUAAUGCUCUUCAGGAGCCUUCAUCCUUUAGAGCAGAUGGCAUUCCCAAUGACAGUAGUGACAGUGAAAUGGAGGACAGAACUACUGCUAACUUGGCUGCCUUGAAACUUGAUGAAUGGCUUAAUUUCAAACUAGAGCCAGAGGCCGCCAGUUUAUUGCUGCAGCUCAGACAGAAGUGGCAUAGCUUAUUUUUACGUCGAAUGAGAGCUCCAUCUAAACCUUGGUCUCAAGUUGAUGAAGCUAGCAUACGAGCAAUUAUAGCUGUUUUAAGCACUGAAGAACAAUGUGCAGGUUUACAACAACCGUCUGGGAUUGGCCAGAGGCCCAGGCCCAUGUCUUCAGAAGAGCUUCCUUUGGCAUCAUCAUGGAGGUCAAAUAAUAGCAGGAAAAGUGCAGCUGACACUGAGUUUUCUGAGGAGUCUGCUACUGUAGAAAGAGUACUGAUGAAAUCUCCAUCUCCAGCUUUACACCCGCCUCAGAAGUACAAGGAUAGAGGCAUUUUACACCCUAAACGGAGCACUGAUGACCGGUCAGACCAAUCCUCUGUGAAGUCUACAGAUAGCAGUAGCUAUCCGAGUCCUUGUGCUAGCCCUUCUCCUCCAUCCUCAGGAAAG